CAGAAAAGCCUGGAGAAGCCACCCAAAUAAAUAUCUAACAGCACUGGAUAUAGAGGUAACCAGCUAAAGAGAGACUGAAGGAGAAAAGGAUCUGGAGGAUUAUGCUGAUCUAGCCCAUCACAGCCCCUUUGUGUUACUCUAUCAAUUCCUCUACACCUCAUAUAAUCUCCCCUCCCUCACCAAAAAAACAAAAUGGCUGACCCCUAUCAAAACAACGUGUACCACCAAGGCGACACGGAGGGCUAUGGGACGUAUGGAGAAGGGGGCCAGGAUGGCUACGCCUACCAGGGCGACUACCCACCCCAAGAGGAGGACGCCGCCAGCGACGCCACGGAAGGCCACGACGAGGAGGACCAGAUGUACGAGGGCGAGUACCAGGGCAUCCCGCACCCGGACGAGGAGAAGGCGGCGCGGCGGGCGGCUAGGGCCAAGGCUCGGGCCACGGCGGAGGCCGUCUCAGAGCAGGAGGAGCUGGCCGAGCAGUAUGAGGACAUCAUGGAGGACUGCGCUCACGGACGCUUCCAGUGGACGCUCUUCAUCGUGCUAGGCCUGGCCCUCAUGGCCGACAGCGUGGAGUGCUUUGUGGUCGGUCUGGUGCUGCCUAGCGCGGAGAAGGACAUGUGCCUGUCCAUGGCAGAGAAAGGCAUGCUGGGCUUGAUAGUGUUUCUAGGCAUGAUGUUGGGGGCGUUCAUCUGGGGGGGCCUGGCGGACAAGGUGGGCCGCAGGAAGUGUCUGGUGGUGGCCCUAGCCAUCAACUGCAUCUUCGCCUUCCUCUCCUCCUUCGCUCAGGGAUACGGAUUCUUCCUCUUCUUCCGCCUCGUCUCCGGCUUUGGCAUUGGGGGCUCGGUGCCCAUAGUGUACUCCUACUUCUCCGAGUUCCUGCAGAUGGACAAGCGAGGCGAGCACCUGAGCUGGCUCUGCAUGUUCUGGAUGAUGGGGGGCAUCUACGCCUCCUUCACCGCCUGGGGCAUCAUCCCUCGCUACGGCUGGGGCUUCAGCAUGGGCACAGAGUUCCAGUUCCACAGCUGGAGGGUGUUUGUGCUGGUGUGUGCCCUCCCCGCCAUCGCCUCCCUCAUCGGGCUCACCUUCAUGCCGGAGAGCCCUCGCUUCCUCCUGGAGAGUGCCAAGCAUGACGAGGCCUGGAUGAUCCUGAAGCAGGUCCAUGACACCAACUGGAGGGCCAAAGGGAAACCUGAGAAAGUGUUCACUGUAACUCAGAUCAAAACCCCCAAGACCCAGGACGAUGAGUUCUUUGAGAUUCAGAGUGCAACGGGGACAGCAGUGCAGAGGUUCUUCGUACGCACUUUCAUGAUAACGAAACUGGUGAUGAAGAAUGUAAUAUCACUACUGAACCGUGAGCUGAGACUGAGUACCCUGCUAAUGGCCAUCAUAUGGUUCACCAUGGCCUUCAGUUACUAUGGGCUGGCCGUGUGGUUCCCCGACAUGAUCAAGCACCUGCAGUAUGAAGAGUACAAGGAAAAAGCCAGGGUGUUCCACCGGGAGAAGGUGAAGAACUUCCACUUUAACUUCUCUCUGGAGAAUCAGCUCCACAAGGAGGGGGAGUACAUCGGAGAUAAGUUCAUCAGCAUUGAGAUGAAGUCUAUGAAGUUUGAGGAUUCCCUAUUUGAAGACUGCCUUUUUGAAGACAUCAGGUCAACAGACACAGAGUUUGAGAACUGCACCUUCAGGAACACCAGGUUCUUCAACACAGAUUUAUAUGAGGAAAAGUUUAUCGACUGCCAGAUGGAAAAUACAACCUUUGAACACAACAAGAAGGGCUGCCACCUGGAUUAUGAGGAGGAGAACGACGUCCUCAUCUACCUGGUCAGCUUCCUGGGCAGUCUGGCCGUGUUGCCAGGCAACAUCAUAUCAGCCCUCUUCAUGGAUAAGAUCGGAAGAAUUAAGUUGAUUGGGGGCUCCAUGUUAGUCUCGGCAGGCUGCACCUUCUUCUUGUUCCUGAGCUUCAGCCAGGCGGCCAUCAUCGCCUGGCAGUGCCUGUUCUGUGGCGUCAGCGUGGCCGCCUGGAACGGCAUCCAGGUCAUCACUGUGGAACUCUAUCCGGCAUCCAAACGAGCCACAGCGUUUGGCGUCCUGAACGCCCUCUGCAAGCUGGCCGCCAUUUUGGGGAGCUCCAUCUUCGCCUCCUUUGUGGGCAUCACCAAGAUCAUCCCCAUCCUGCUGUCCUGUCUGGCCCUGGUGUGUGGGGGCCUGCUGGCCCUGAAGCUCCCCGAGACCAGAGAGAAGAUCCUGCUGUGA